AGGUGAUCGGGCGGGAACUUUUGAAGAAAGCCAUUAAAAAUGUGAAAGCCACAUACAAACAAACGUAUAUUUUUUUUAAAUCAUGUUCAAUCAUAUUCGAAAGUAUAUAUAUUUAACGUAUGUACUUCACUCGUCAGACAGUGUUCAUUCAGAAUUAUGAAUGCAUAAUAGCUAUUAACAGUCGACGCUAUUUGCAUACGUACUAACAUGUACUGAAAACAAUGUUUGUACAUACAUACAUACAGAUACAUAUAUAUUUACGAUUGAGACAAGAACAUUAACAAUAUUCUAUGAAUACGUUAUAAAUUAGAAAUGUUUUUAUUUUUGAGCUCCGUCAAAAAGUUCGUGGAAUGUAAUUUAGUUUCAAUUCUGUUGGUACAUAAACCAUAUUUAAUCAACCCGGCACAGUCGUUGGUUUGUACAUGUCCGGUUGUUUGCAAUAUGAUUGUGUAUUCGUUUACCUAAAUUUCUGGGAAAUUCGAGGGGAUUAAUAAAAAUGAUAAAAAUGUGUUAUUAAGAAACUGUGUGUAUAAUUAUUGUUAGAUACAAUAGUUACGUUAAUUUGGUCAAUUCAAUAUGACAAACGAAAUAGAAACAAGCUUGUUGACAAUUGUACUGGACGUGAAUCCAGUGCAGAGAAUAGUGAAACAAGAAACAAAAGUGUUGACACAAUGUUUGGACUCUACUAUCGUUUUUGCUAAUGCACACUUGAUGCAAUCGUCUAAUAACCAAUUAGCUAUAAUAGCGUGUCAUAGCCACGGGGCAAGAUUUUUGUAUCCUUGUGAGAAACCUUCGGAAAUUCGACAAAUUGAUGGACAGUAUGAAAAGUUCACUAUGGUGGAGCGCACUAUCAGGCAGCAAUUGCAACAAGUAAUCAAUGAAAUUUCUAUGGACAAGCCUUUAAAUGGAGAAAGCCUGCUAUCGGGGGCGUUGACCAUGGCACUCUGUUACGUAGCAAGAUUAGAAAGAGAAAAAGUUGCUGGUCAAAAAUUAUAUUCUAGAAUACUUGUGAUAACAGCUAGCAAUGAUUCGGCUACUCAAUACAUGAACUAUAUGAAUAUAUUUUUCACUGCCCAAAAAAUGGGAAUAAUACUGGAUGUCUGCAGUCUGGAUCAAGAAUUAACAUUACUUCAACAAGGCUGCGAUAUAACUGGUGGAAAUUAUUUGAAAGUCCCCCACUUAAGUGGUUUACUACAGUACUUACUAUGGAUAUUUCUGCCAGAUCCGAAUGUUAGAACAAAGCUAGUGCUUCCUCCACCUGUGAAAGUGGACUACAGGGCAGCAUGCUUCUGCCAUCAAGAACUAAUAGACAUUGGCUAUGUCUGCUCCAUAUGUUUAUCAAUAUUUUGCAAAUUCAGUCCAAUAUGUACAACUUGUCACACAGUGUUCAAAAUGCCAGGUCCUAUGCCUAUGAAAAUGAAAAAGAAGAAGAAAAAUGUGGAUAUAGUUCAUUAGUUGUAUUUAACUUAGAAUUUUUUACUAUAGAAAUUUUCUAUCUAAAUACAUAUUUUCUCACCAUACAUCACAUACGAAGGAGAGUAAUUAAUAUAUUGGCUGUGAAGUUAUAGAUCUUUAGAGUAGUAAACUUUAUCUACAGUUCGUUUGACUUUCUGUUAAAACUCUUUGUACUUAGGUUCAUAUAUUUUAGCCAUUCGGAAUUCAUUGUGCUUAACGAUUAAAAAAUGUCACUCUCGAA